AGUGUCAGAAGGCCGCAGGCUCGUGGUCCCUGACCGGUCGACGCAGCCUCCUCCCGGUUCCAGAGAAUCAGAGUCACGUUCAGUCAGUGGCCGACUCCCGUCCGCGGAGGUGGUGCGCGUUGUCGUUCCUUCGGCUCUCAUACCAGUGUCGAGAGGGGUUUUCCGGUAUCCAAGCCGUGGGUCCGGCCGAUCUUCAGCGGGAAUGACGGCCAUCAGGAGCACGUGGUCGUCGGUGCUUCUUAUAUUUAUUAUAGGAUUAUGCCUGCACGACGUCUUUGCGAAACACCAUCACAUAAAAUUGAGGCACGAAAGACAUCGUCGUCAACAUGGAGAAAGCUAUUUGCCUAGUAGCUUCGUGUUGGAUACGGAUGAAUCUGAACAAGGAACGUGGGGACCAUGGUCCACACCUAGCUCAUGUUCCAGGUCCUGUGGUGGUGGUGUCGCGCAUCAGACUAGACAGUGUCUUGAUAUAGACGACAAUGGCUACAACAGGUGCAGUGGUGCGUCGAGGCGAUUCUUCUCUUGUAAUAUCCAGGAAUGUCCCGGUGAAUCGAAGGACUUCCGAGCAGAGCAGUGCGCCGAAUUCAACAACGUUCCGUUCGAAGGAAUUCACUAUGAUUGGAUUCCGUACACCGGCGGGCCGAACAAGUGUGAAUUGAAUUGCAUGCCGCGCGGCGAGCGUUUCUUCUACAGGCACAAACAGAUGGUGAUCGACGGGACGCCAUGCGAGAUCGAGAAGAACGACGUCUGUGUCGGAGGCAAAUGCAUGCACGUCGGGUGUGACAUGAUGCUUGGUAGCGACGUAAAGGAGGAUGCAUGCAGAGAAUGCGGUGGUGAUGGGUCCAACUGUAACACCGUUUCCGGUUUAUUUGAUACCGACGAUCUUCAAGUGGGAUACAUCGAUAUUAUACUGAUCCCGCAGGCUGCAACAAACGUGAUAAUAAAAGAAAUCAAACCGUCGAACAAUUAUCUAGCUAUUAGAAACACUUCAGGCAAUUAUUAUCUAAAUGGAAACUGGAGGAUAGAUUUUCCACGAAGCUUAAAAUUUGCCGGGACCAUAUUCCAUUAUUCGAGAGAUCCGCAAGGUUUCUCGGCACCCGAUACCAUUACCGCCUUAGGGCCGACGAGUGAACCAAUUUACGUGGUGCUUUUGUAUCAAGACCACAAUGUCGGCGUGCAUUACGAGUAUAGCGUGCCGAAGAGAAUCUCGCAGCAAAAUGAUGCGGAUAGUUACACAUGGAUAACCGAUGAAUUUUCCAGCUGCAGUGCGACUUGUGGCGGAGGUUAUCAAUCGAGACGAGUUGCCUGCGUACGAAGAAGGGACAGGCAACCGGUGGAUGAGAGCCUUUGCGAUCCACAGAUGGAACCAGAUACAACCGACGCCUGUAACGUGGAUCCAUGUCCACCUGUGUGGGUGGAGGGCGAGUGGGGUCCUUGUAGCAAGCAUUGCGGCGAAGGAGGUGAGCAGAGCAGAGGGAUCAAAUGCGAACAGGUCAUCUCUGGUGGAAUCCCUACGGUGGUGGACGAUAGUCAGUGUCUGGAGAAGGUGGGACCAAAAGGGCCGACCAAACAGGAGUGUAACAAGAACGUGACGUGCCCACAAUUUCACGUUGGACCCUGGAAACCGUGUGAUCAUUUAUGCGGUCCAGGGAAGCAAACGAGAAGAGUGACGUGUUACAUGAAGGUGAACGGAAAGAUUCAACUGCUGAAGGAUCAGGCCUGCGAGGGAGAGGUUCCCAAGUCUGAGAAACCUUGCGAAUUGAGACCUUGUGCCGGUCUCGACUGGGUCACGUCGGAUUGGAGUGGAUGCGACGACAAAUGUGGUCUGACUGAAGAGACGAGGACAACGUACUGCGCUACUCAAGAUGGGUCCGUUUAUCCGGACGAAAAAUGCGACGCUGAAAAGAAGCCGGAGUUGACGCGAGAUUGUGAAGCUGAAAAGGAUUGCGAAUUCCUCUGGUUCGCCUCUCAAUGGAGCGAUUGUUCAGCGAAAUGUGGGUCAGGUGUACAGACACGCAAGGUGUUCUGUGGCACGUUCGAUGACGAAACGGUGAAGAAAGUGCCAGACGAGAAGUGCGACGCAGACAAGAAAUUCAACGAGACGAAGAACUGCACUGCCAAAGAGGAGUGCAAAGGUGAAUGGUUCGCUGGUCCGUGGAGCAAGUGCUCGAAACCGUGCGGUGGUGGUACGAUGAACCGCAAGGUAAUUUGCAUGAAAGCCAACAUGACGGUCACAACGAACAACUGCGACUCUAAUACGAUCAUAUUCUCCAUGGAAAAUUGCAACAACCAAGCCUGCGAAGAAGACGAGGUGAUACCAAUGCAACCAGAGAAAAUCCCAGAUCUCACUGAAGAAGACGAAGAGUGCGAAGUGUACGAGGAUGAAAACUUCGUGACUGUCUCUUCGAGCUUGACAUCUAGCGAUAAAUCUAGUAAAAUGUUAGAUCUUACGGAAGCAACUCCUCUGAGCUCGCCAGAUACGAGUGAUACUACCGGAAGCGACAUAUAUGAUAAAAUGCAAGGGGAUGCUGGAUACACCAGGGGCGACAUAUCUCCUGGAGAAAUGGAAAUGGGUGAAGGAAGUGGGACAGAUUUCACGGAUAUAUACACAUACACAUCAGGGUUUGAAUCGACGUUCGAAGGCAGUGGAACCAACGAGGUUACCGAAGAUGGUGAACUGUUUGCAACGGAAUUUGGAAUAACGGAAAUCGGCGUGACUGAAGAGAUCGAAUCCACCAUGGAUUCUACUGACGAAUCGACAGUUGAAUCGAUGACUGAGUCUGAUGGAACGGAUAUGACAACUGAGUCUGGUGCAUCUGAAAAAACAACUACUGGAUCGAGUGACGAGACUACCGAAAUGCUAGAGAGCACUGAGAGUGGACCAACCGAGGCCACGGAAUCCACUGAAUCCGGUCCAACAACGUCUUCGUCGGAAACCGAAAGCACGGUUACUGAGCAGACCAUUUCAACAGAAAUAACUCCUACCGAGGAAUCUGCAGUUACGUUCGAGACAACAUCAGAAGUAGUGGAAACGCGUGUGACUGGAGAAACAACAGAAUCAGGUGCCACCGAAGAAAGUACCGAAUCAGGAUCAACAGAACCAACGAUGUCUACGGAAUCAGGAGCUACAGAAGAAACCACAGAAUCUGGUGUAACGACAGAAAGUACGCCAAUAGAAAUCACUGAGUCAACAGAAUCUGGAGCUACGACAGAGCCUGGAGCUACGACAGAAUCUGGAGUUUCGACAGAAUCUGGAGCUACGACAGAGCCUGGAGCUACGACAGAAUCUGUAGCAACGGAAAUCACCGAAUCAACAGAAUCUGAAGCUACGGAAGUCACUGAAUCAACAGAAUCUGGAGCCACGACAGAAUCUGGAGCUACAACAGAAUCUGGAGCUACAAUAGAAUCUGGAGCUACAACAGAAUCCGGAGCCACAACAGAAUCUGGAGCCACAACAGAAUCUGGAGCCACAACAGAAUCUGGAGCCACAACAGAAUCUGGAGCCACAACAGAAUCUGGAGCUACAACAGAAUCUGGAACCACCAUAGAAUCUGGAGCCACGACAGAAUCUGGACCUACAGCAGAAUCAACAGAAUCUGGAGCAACUACUGAAACUACGGAAUCUGGUCCGACAGAAACUACCGAAUCUGGCAUGACAACAGAAUCUGGUAUGACUACAGAAUCUGGCAAAACAACAACAGAACAAACGACAGUGUUCGGCGAGACCACCGAAUCUGGCGCCACGACCGAAUCAGGAGAAACUACAGAGUCUGGUGUAACCACUGAGAGCGGUGAAACCACUGUGUCUGGCGUAACUGAUACUACUGUUUCUGGAUUGACACCGGUCACUGAGGAAGCAAAAUCGGAAGUAACUGAGAAGAUAGACAAACUAUCCGGAUUCUGGACGACCAUUAGCCCAGAAGAAAUCACGCGCAAGCAUCGCGUGUGCAAAGUGCUGAGGAAGAAGACCUGCAAGGCCUCGCCCUUCGGUUGUUGUUAUGAUGGAAUUACUACGGCUGAAGGACCGUUUGGCCAAGGAUGUCCCACGGUGCAGACUUGCAACGACACUAAAUAUGGUUGUUGUUCGGAUGGAGUGUCUGCAGCCACUGGUCCGGAGAACCAAGGUUGUCCCGAAUCGCACUGCAAGGAAACGUUGUUCGGUUGUUGCCCUGAUGGAAUUGUCGCUGCUGAGGGCAACGACUUCGAAGGAUGCAAGAAACCUUGCAGCGAAACAGAAUUUGGAUGUUGUCCGGAUAACGAGACUCCAGCUAGCGGAAAGGAUAAUAUCGGAUGCUGCAAUGUCACUGAAUUUGGUUGCUGUCCUGAUGGAAUUAAGCCCGCUUCUGGACCAAAUGAAGAAGGUUGCGAAGAGGAAAUUACUUCUGUCACACCUCUCACAGAAGAGUAUGAAACAACUACAGUACAGGAAGAUUGCGCAAAUACCACUUACGGAUGUUGUCCGGAUGGUAUUUCGACUGCUACUGGCGCAAACUUCGCAGGAUGCGGUGUUAUCAAUGCAGAGAACUGCACUAUAUCGUACUUUGGAUGUUGUCCUGAUGGCGCCUCACCAGCUUUGGGUCCCAACAACUAUGGCUGCCACAUGCCCUGCGAAAACAGUACUUAUGGCUGUUGCGAUGACGGUAGCACUCCUGCUCAUGGUCCAAACAGAGAGGGUUGUUGUCUAUCGACACCGUUCAAGUGCUGUCCAGACAACAUACUUCCAGCUCGCGGUCCAGAUUUCUACGGUUGUGGCUGUCAAUACUCGAGAUUCGGAUGCUGUCCAGAUAACAGCACCGCUGCUCGUGGUCCAAACAACGAGGGCUGCGGUUGCAAGUAUACACCUAAUGGUUGCUGUCCUAACCGCUUCACCCCGGCCACAGGACCAAAUUACGAGGGUUGUCCGUGUUAUACGUAUCAGUUUGGUUGCUGCCCUGAUGGUGUCACCAUCGCUAAAGGACCUCAUGGACAAGGCUGCGGUUGUGAGAACACAGAAUUCAAGUGCUGCUCAGAUGGAAGAACUCCAGCAAAGGGUCCAAACUUCGCUGGAUGCACUUGUGAUACCUCGAAGUAUGGAUGUUGUCCCGAUGGGGUGGAAGAAGCUCAAGGAGAGAACUUCGAGGGCUGUCUGUCUGUUCCAUCUACUCCUGGGGCAGCGUGUGCUUUGGAGAAAGAUAGAGGACCAUGUCGGGACUUCACCGUCAAAUGGUACUUCGACACGGAGUAUGGUGGUUGCUCGCGGUUCUGGUAUGGAGGUUGCGAGGGUAACGAGAAUCGAUUCAAAACGCAGGAAGAGUGUAAGCAAGUGUGUGUGCAACCCAAAGGAAAAGAUUCAUGUAACCUGCCAAAAAUCUCUGGGCCCUGUGAGGGCUAUUUCCCUACUUGGUAUUACGACUCUGGAAGAAAACAGUGUGGUCAAUUUGUCUAUGGUGGUUGUCUCGGAAACGCGAAUAAAUUUAAAACGAAAGAAGAAUGUGAAGAGCUUUGUGUCACUCCCGAUGAUUUGGAUCCGUGCGAACAGUCGAAAGAGCCAGGUCCCUGCGAAGGCAACUUCACCAAAUGGUAUUUCAACGCAGAAUCGCAAGCCUGCGAGCAAUUCCGCUACGGUGGAUGCAAAGGAAAUGAUAACAACUUCGCGACGGAAAUCGCUUGCCACCAACAAUGCUUGCAACCAGGGAGGACACGAGUAAAACUGACAGACGUGUGCCGCCUGGAGAAAGAUCCGGGCCCUUGUCCGGGCUCUGUGUUACGCUGGUAUUAUGACGCCGUGCGUCAGAUGUGUAGCCAAUUUGUUUACGGCGGUUGUAAAGGCAAUGUCAAUAGAUUCCUUACACGUGCUGCCUGUGAGCAGCGCUGCCCCGUAAAAGAGCAAGACACCUGUCUCUUGCCCGCGCUUUUGGGAGAAUGCCACAAUUAUACUCAACGAUGGUACUACGAUUCGUACGAACAACAAUGUAGACAAUUCUACUAUGGUGGUUGCGGCGGGAACGAGAAUAAUUUUGUUACCGAACAAGAUUGCUUUAACAGGUGCCAAACCAGUACUAGCACCAUCACACCAUCGGAAGAGGACGGAUUUAGACCAGAUUUCUGCUUUCUUUCGAAGUAUACCGGUCAAUGCUCCGAAGAACACGUCAAAUGGUUCUACGACAGCGGCGAUGGUGUCUGCAAGCAAUUUGUGUAUAGCGGCUGCCAGAGCAAUGGAAAUAAUUUCGACAGUCACGAAGAGUGCGAAUAUCGAUGUGGAGAUGUUCAAGAUCCAUGUACUCUACCCAAAGUCGUUGGUCCCUGCAAUGGUGUCGUUAGACAAUACUACUACGAUCAUCAAUCAGAUUCUUGCUACGAAUUCGAAUAUAGCGGUUGCCAGGGUAAUAAGAAUCGUUUCCAGGAUAAAGAAUCUUGCGAAAGGAAGUGUCAGAAACGUGUUCAAACAGAAAAACCUGCAAAUGUUACUGUCCCACCUAUUGUAUCAGUUGAAACUGCCUCGAAGAACCCGAUUUGUUACAAGACUGUCGAUCCUGGUUCUUGCAAUGGCGAUAUCACCGCUUAUUACUAUGAUUCACAAAAUCAGUUGUGUCAGGCGUUUAUCUAUGGCGGCUGUGAAGGAAACGCGAAUAGGUUCCAGACGGAAGAACAGUGCGAACGUCUUUGCGGAAAAUUCCAUGGUCAAGAUAUGUGUAACCUACCAGUGGAUUCUGGCGUUUGCAGAGGCUCUUUCGCAAAAUACUACUACGAUUAUGUCAGUCGCGUUUGUCGCGAGUUUCUGUACGGUGGAUGUGAAGGUAACGCGAAUAGAUUCAGCACGAUGACAGAGUGUGAAUCGAUUUGCAUUCAUCACGAAGAACCCGUGCCACCUGGAAACGGUACCAGCCUCUCAAGCUUGUCGAUUUGCAAAGAACCGGUCGACACAGGAUCUUGUGCUUCGGGUCGACAUGAUUCUACCAAGCGAUUCUAUUUUGACGACGAACAACAAACAUGUCGAGGGUUCAUUUACACUGGAUGCGGUGGAAAUCGUAACAGAUUCAAGACCUUCGAGUCUUGCAUUAGCACUUGUCUUACCAGUAAGUCGACUACUAACGAGAUCGACUCCGAAGAGAAUAAAAAGGAUCCUUGUGCGGAAGCUCGCGAGGAAUGCAAUAUGAUUCGUUGUCCUUACGGCAAAGAGGAGUUCGUAGAUUCUCAGGAUUGCGGACGAUGUCGUUGCGUGGAUCCUUGCAGGACACAGGUUUGUCCCGAUGACACCAAAUGUGCCAUUACUCUGGUUGGUACCGAGGAUGGCACCGAAUACAGAGGAGUUUGUAGAUCAGUUACGAAACCAGGCCGCUGUCCGAGCGUAUCGAACAGCACAAGAUGCGAACAGGAAUGUCUCACAGACGCUGAUUGCGCCGGAGAAAUGAAAUGUUGUAACAAUGGCUGCGGCGCUUCCUGUCUUGAACCCGCUGUCGAUGAAGUUCUAUCGACUACUCCACGACCGGUAAUCACUGCACGGCCGGUUGGUUCGGAACCAGCUUCGAUCAAGCCACCGGAAGAACCAAACGUGAGCGCUCAGGAGGGUGGCUAUGUGACAUUGAAGUGUGUUGCUUUCGGACAUCCAAAACCAACCAUAACGUGGAGGAAGGGCACAAUGCUGAUUGCAGCUUCAGAGAGCAGGCGUCGCAUAUUGCUCGAUGGUUCUCUUCAGAUCAUUAAUUUAGACCGAUACGACGGUGGAACAUAUGUCUGCACAGCUGACAAUGGUUUAGGACCACCGGUAAGAGUGGAAUACCAAUUGGUGGUCACAGAACCGAGAGAACUGGCUGCGGCUAUCAUUGGAGAGCCUAACACUAGCGUGACGGUUACCAUGAAUUCGCCCAUAUCUCUGCACUGCUACGCGUGGGGUUGGCCUAGGCCUUUUGUCACUUGGUGGCAAGGCGAUCGCAUGUUACCACUGUCUUCGGAAAUUUACGAACAGGAUUCCGACUACACGCUUUUGAUCCGAACCGUCACGUUGCCCACGUUGGGCGUUUACACAUGUCAAGCGUUUAACGCGAUUGGCAGAGCUGCCUCUUGGUCGGUGAUAUUACAAGCUGUCGGUCCAGUGUACAACAUCAAUCCCGAAUACGAACAAUAUCUCAAGUAUCUGGUCGAUCCUCCUAAAAAAGAUGAGAAUAUUCAAUACCCCUAUAGACCUAACAGAACUCAAACUAUUGACUUUCAUACCUAUGGAUUUGUGUCCACGACCAGACAAACACAUAUUUCUACAGUCAAUCCUAUUGGAUAUACUACUUUGGACUUUGCUUCGAGGUUCAGAGUGCCUGUCACGGCCAACAUAUCGAUAGGACAAAACCAAUUCCCAGAAGGUAGUGACGUUACUAUCGCUUGUAACGUCGAUGGGUAUCCGAUACCUCGAGUAUUUUGGUACAAAGAUAACGAGCUGAUUCACCAAAACAAUCGAAUUCAAAUUACUGAUUUGAACAGACUUGUGAUCAGCGACGCAAAUCGAGAAGACUCUGGUCAAUACCGUUGCGAAGCGAACAAUGAUUAUUCGUCUGCUUUUGCGAUGGUGGAUAUACAAGUUGCUGGAAUCUUCAUUCACCCUAAUUGCCAGGACAACUCGUUCUUCGCGAAGUGUGACCUGAUCGUAAAAGCAAGAUACUGUACGCACAAAUACUAUGCGAAGUUCUGCUGCCGAUCCUGUACCGAGGCCGGCCAGCUUCCUUCUAGAGGGCCUCACCUAAACACAUCGAGAAGGAGGCGAAGGUACAUCCUGAAGAAUCUCGUCUAAGAAAGUUUCGUUUGCUUCAUGCAAGCCCGAUGAACAAAGCAGAGCAAUUACGAUAAGGUCUCUCUUGCAUAGUUCAAUUAAUAUUGUUAAUAAAAUUUGACAAGUCACAAGUUUUCAGCACUAAUGAAUUUUGAGAAGAAAAAAUAUAAAUUUCCCAAAUUAUGAGACUACUAAUUAUCUUACUUGGAUGGAAUAUGGAAUAGAAAAAUUAAGAAUUCCAGGACAUGAUGUAGUGAAAUUAUUAAAAAUUCUACGACAUAGGAUUAUAAAAUUACUAAAGAUUCGAUGGCAUAGGAUAGUAAAAUUAUUAAAAAUUCCAGGGUGUAGGAUCGUAAAACCUCGAAAAAAAAGUUUACAAUCUAUGAAUUGUAGCUUGUCAAAUUCACUAUUAUCAUGCAAAAGAGACGUCUGAAAAAAAGAAGACUCGACUCUCAAAUAUAUCGUUACUAAAGAAACGAAGGAGGACGACGACGAGGCCGCGUGGUCAUUCGAUCCGAUUCGAGGACGCAGAACUCCUCUGUCUCGAGCACGUGCCGCAACGUGAUGUUAAUUCACUGCCAAAGCCUUAGAACGUCUAUACAUAGAUACUUUUAAUAUAUAAUUAAGCAACAGCGAGACGGAAGAGCGCGAGAACGAGAGUUGCACAACGAGACAUAAAAUGAUUUGAUCGUUGCCGUUUCUUCUUUUUCUUCAAUUCUGUUUCAACGUCGUCGUUCGUCGUUGUUCGUUUUAUGUAUGUAUAUACGAUCUGACGCUGGAAUCCUAGUCGGUCGAAGCCAUAUCAGGAUAGGAAUGAUCGCUGUCCUCCGGGGAACGAGAGAAAGCGCAUCUCGAUCGAUUAAUCGAUCGAUAACAUUUGCUCUUCUUUUCAUUUUACUUUCCGUUUGGUUCGCGUUCCAGUCGUUGGCCAUCUCAGAAUAUAAUCUGGAAUCAUGCGAUGAAAUACAGAAAAUGAAAGCCGAAAUAGCUAGUGAAGAUAUAGUCGAGGAAAAAUAAUUUAGCAAUUUAUGAAUAAACCUAGGUUCUAAACGAUCUUUUUUUUGAAUAUCCAAUCCUUGCAAAAUUAUUUUUCUCUAACGUAAACAAUUCGACAAUUCAUCAAAUAUUCUAAAAUUCUCUCUUUGUUUUAUCAUUUAAUGUAUUCUAAGUUAAGAAAUAAAAAGAUUCAAAAUUCUAAAAUACUCCAUUACAUAUCUUAGUUUUAGAUUUAAAACAAAAAUCAUACAUUUGCGAUAAUAAUGUAUUCUGUUAAAUUUUAACAAAAAUUUAAGCUCUUGAGGAUAGAGUAAAAGAUAUUCGCAAGGUUCCAAGGAAGUCGUCACGAUGAAUCCAUACGACAACGCGAUGUAUCGAUCAAUCUGAUUCUGCAAGUGAACGAGCUUCGUAAAAUAGACACGUCAGGGGAACAAAAAAAAUGUCGCGAAAGAACGAGUUAAGAUUGCUAUAUCUUUUUUUCUUUUUUUCAGCGGAUAGAUCGCAUUAAGCGAUCGUAUAAAAUGAAAAGAAAAGAAGAAAUAGUGAAUUUGGGGGAGGGGGGAACUUGUACCUAUUUGUAUGAAGCAUACAAAUAUACGCACGUUACGUUGUAAAAUAUAAAUAGUUUAUUACGCAGUACACCAUUUAUAUACUCUAUAAUACUGUUACUACUUAUAUCCCUUAUCGAUAUUCCGAUAUAUUGCCAUAACACAAAACAAUCCUUUGUCAAUGAACAACAUUUUACGGUUAUCAUAGCGACGAUUAAGAAUGGCGAAGGUGCAACAUCGUGACGACAAUAUGCUGGCUCGUAAAAUGAGUAAGAAUGGGAGGAAUUGGAAAAAAAUGAAAUGAAAAAUGUUUCGUUUUGAAAAUUGUAUAAUAGAUUAAUAAACAUAUCGAUAAAAUUAGAAAGGUUUCGGUGGUUACAAUUUUAUUUGCAAAGCUCGUUAAAAACAGGAUAGAACAAUUUAGUCGUUAGAGGUUAAUAACAAUUUACAAGCAUUUAUCAGUAAUUCAAUCACGAUACGCAUCUUCUUUCACCAUAUUAACGUGUUGCAUUUAUAUAUUUGUUCCUGAACAUUGUAAUCGUAAUGUUAACUACACACUGUUACUAUGUAUAGCGUAUCAUCUAUGAAGCCUCGAUGUUUGAGAAUAAGAGCAUAAGUUGUGUCAAUUCCGAACUUAUCAAAAAGUAGCGUGAAACUCUUAUAUGAAAUUAUUUCCUUUUCUUACACGAUAUUAUAUUCUAACAAGUUAGAAACGACAUAUUUUUUCUUAAUAAAGCUGACCCCAAUUUUGAUACAUUAUCUCUUUUUCACAAAAAUAUAGGAAACAAUGUAUUUCUAUUACUAAUUGACAAAAAAGAAGUUCAGGAAGGUUCAAUCAACAAAGGGUUAAUUUCAAUUUAGAGUGAAAGAAGGUUACAUAACAUUGGAAAAUUGUAUGCGUACUUCGUUCCAACAUCGGUAAGAGAUAAUUUAUGCUUUUAAUCUUGAAGUGUCGCAAAAAUAUCAGUAGCUUGUAGCGUAUCAAAAUUCUGAAAGAAGGUACCAAAAGCAUUUAUAAUUAUAUAUAAAUAUUAUAGAUAUACUGUAAGCGUAAGUUUUACUCGAUAAUGGAAAGAAUCCACGGAACUGUAGGAAAAAAAAGGACAUUCUUCUUUCGUCUGAUCGUUUCAGUCACAGUAAAUGACAGUGCCUUAUUAGAAGCCCUUCGAAAGUGUCGAGGAAGGAGUGCUAAAUAAAACUUUACAUACAGAUUACCGUUAGUGUAAAUACGAAAAUAGUAGUAUACGCGAAGCAGAACGAAUUGUCCGAAGAUUUUCAAUCGCAGAAAUUUACUGAUAGUCACUAAAAAGAAAAAGAUAUUAGACGAUCGUACCAAAGUGUGAAAAAGCUAUUCCUCCGAUAUUUUACGUUUCCUUAUCGAAUAAAAUAUAUAUGUAUAUAUAUAAAUACAUAUAUUUUAUUCUUAUAUUAUUUCCUAAUUACGUAUCAAACGUAUGAAGACCACAAGUGGAAAUAUGACUCAAGUCACAUUUUUUCUAGCGAGUCUUUUAUAGAAGAGCAAUUUUAAAAUUCGAUGUUAUUGUACAUUCGAUAUUAUAUUAAUGAAGUUAAAGCAACAUAAUUGUUCGUUUCGUAUAAAAUAUUAUAGGUUUAUCAUUUAUCACAAAAUGCCCUUUUUGAACUAUUUCAUAUUAAAAUAGUCGUAACAAAUGUAUAACAAACAUAUUAAAAUUUUAUAUUAAAAUACGUGUAACAAAAUAAUGAGAAAAUCAACAAAAGUGAACUUGUCAUACUUUUCCCAUGUGUGGUCUUUAUGUAUAGUAGAAUCUAGAUAAAAUUUGGAAAUUGUGACAAUCACAGUAUUGCUUUAAAAGAAAUGAAGCAUGUAAACCUUUAUUAUCGUUUUCUUCAUUUACCCGGAGGAAUCGUAGCAAGAAAGGAAAGAAACAAGGAAUAAUGGAAAGAUAUUGAGUACUCUUCUCCUCCGUACUCCUUUAGAUAUGACCAAACUAGACAUGACACGAUUGUAGUAACGUAGUAACACGACAUUAUUUAGUAAAUGUAUAAAUAGCAUAAAUUCUCUUAGUUUACAUAGAUUUCUUAGAUACAUAUCCUACUGAUUCCAUAUCGGUAACAAACAAAAAAAUACAAAAAAAAAAAAAGAAGAAGCUAAAGAAAAUGUAACGUAGAAAAGAAUGUAUCGUGUUUAUUACAAGAAAUGAUAACGCAAGGAAAGAACAAAAGGUACAUGACGUCAAGCAAGUUGUUUCGGUAGAUUUUCUCUAUUCUAUAGUAAAUAAUUUAUAUUUCUACCGUGUGAUUUUAAAGUCUAUACAAUGGCAACAUAUUCACUUACACGUUAUACACUGGACAUGUAUAUAAUCAUCCCUGUAUUACGUACUGUACUCGUUUAAACGACCUAUCUUACAGACCGCUGGACAAUUCCUUGUGGAAACUUUGUAAAAUUCGUAGAAACGAUCGUGACCGGUUGAUUCGUCGAUUUUCAAUCAAUUUUCCAAAUAUCAAUGCGUUUUCUUUUUGUAACACAAAGGUAGUGCGAUAAUGAUAAUUAACAUAUAGUGAUGUUUAGAAUGGCUAUGAUAGUUAUAACAAUAUAUUAUAAUUAUAUACGCAAAUAAUCAAGGAUUUAAGAUAAUAUAGUAGAACUAUUGAUUCGUGUAAUGAAUAAUUUUAGUCAGUUAUUUAGAACUUGAACUUUGUGAAUUUAAACGUUUUGGAAAAUAUAAGUGGAAAUAGGAUCUUUCUAUACGAGUAAUCUUGAAAUUCAUUUCACUUCUUUUUCUACGUGUUUUACAGUUUUGAGAAACGCAUUUCAUUUAAUUUCUAUAGAAUAAAAUUAAACAAAAAUAUGCAAUGGAACGUACCUCGCGUAGAAUCAACAGAAGUCUUUUCAAAAAAUUUUGUUUUAAUAUUCUCAUAUAAACUAAAGAGAGUGAAGAAAAUUCUUAACGAGUCAGCUACGAUUUACGAUUGUUGCUACGAAUACACCGACGAAGGAUUUAAGCGUAAGUUACAUGAGAAAAAUACGAGGAAACAAGAAAAUUCGCCAAAAAAGAGAAAAGUGAAAGACAUGAAGAUUAGAUUAAUUAUACAAAUUCGUGUCUCUAAUGUAUUAUCACACACAUCGCGACAGUGCUAAAGAUUUUAGUGAUUUUAGUACUUGUAAGUUAUACCUUAGGUAACGAUUAAUAUAAUAUAAAUAUAUAUAUAAUUAUAUAUAUAUAUAUAUAUAAAAUAAAGGUAGAAAUGAAGUAAUGCCACUAUACAAACAUUGUAUGGACAAUAAUAAUAUAUAAGAUCCUUAAAUAUAUGAUUAAACGAUUA